CUCUCUCCUCCCCCCGAAUAAAUAACCUCAGCUCCUCGUCCCCAAUGACCAAACCCUCGCCUUUCUUCCAUUCCAGCUCUCGCGAAGAAGAGGACCAAUGGCGCUUCCGAACCAGCAGCAGGUGAAUUACCCUAGCUUCAAGCUUGUAAUCGUCGGCGAUGGCGGGACGGGGAAGACUACCUUUGUGAAGAGGCAUUUGACGGGGGAGUUCGAGAAGAAAUACGAACCUACCAUUGGCGUUGAGGUGCAUCCUCUAGAUUUCCACACCAACUGCGGGAAGAUCAGAUUCUACUGCUGGGAUACUGCAGGGCAGGAAAAGUUUGGAGGUCUUAGAGAUGGAUAUUACAUCCAUGGACAAUGUGCCAUUAUUAUGUUUGAUGUGACGGCCCGCCUUACAUACAAAAAUGUUCCUACAUGGCACAGAGAUCUCUGCAGAGUUUGUGAGAACAUUCCAAUUGUUCUAUGUGGAAACAAAGUGGAUGUGAAGAACAGACAAGUGAAGGCAAAGAUGGUCACUUUCCACAGGAAGAAGAAUCUCCAGUACUAUGAAAUCUCAGCCAAAAGCAAUUAUAAUUUUGAGAAACCCUUCCUUUAUUUGGCUAGAAAACUUGCUGGGGAUCCAAAUCUCCACUUUGUUGAAUCCCCAGCUCUUGCUCCUCCUGAAGUCCAUAUUGAUCUUGCUCAACAACAGCUCCAUGAGAAAGAGCUUAUUGAUGCAGCUGCACAACCUCUUCCAGAUGAUGAUGAUGAAGCAUUUGAUUAAAAUGAAAGAUCUCAAAUCUGUGUUAAAGAUCAUAUAUAUGCAUCAAUUAUGAUCUUUUCAGGUUUUGAAGUGUUUGGUAGAGAGAGACCUAUUAGCAGUUUAGUUAUCUUCUUUUCAGCUCAUUUGUAGCUUUUUGAAUGAAAACUUUUGUUCUGAAAACAUUUCAACAUUUUUAUAUUCGGAC